UUCGCUCAGAGGCGAAAAAAGUUGCCCCUGGUCAUGAAAAAAAGCUAUCGGAAGUAAGAGAGAGUCCAGAAAUCACCAAGAAAAAUCCAGAGGGCGGACAUUCCUUUAAGUCUGGAAUUCGCUUUUUAUCUCCCUAAGCAAGAUGGUUGUAUCGCUUGUACAAAGGGAGAAUUUGUAGGCUAAAUCUCGCGGAUAUAACUUAAGUCUAUUGGAGUUGUCAGAGUAGUCGCGGGUUGGCAGUGGACUAACGUUAAGUUGUCUGACUUUGAGUCGCUAACUUGCCAGCAGAAGGCUGAUUUACUCGAGGCGGCUGCGGAAGAAAGGUAAGCGGCGAUCAUUGCCCAGACCAGCACGGAGUACGACCAUGUCAACUGAAGAAAGAUACAAGUUGGUGGUCGUGGGGGGUGGGGGUGUGGGGAAAAGCGCCCUGACUAUUCAGUUCAUUCAGUCAUACUUUGUGUCGGACUAUGACCCAACCAUUGAAGACUCAUACACUAAAAUCUGCACCGUGGAUGGAAAGGAGACACGAUUAGACAUCCUCGACACAGCAGGACAAGAAGAGUUUGGAGCGAUGAGAGAGCAGUACAUGCGCUCCGGAGAGGGUUUCUUACUGGUGUUUGCUCUUAAUGACAGUGGCAGUUAUGAUGAAAUUCAGAAAUUUCACACUCAGAUAUUGCGGGUGAAGGAUCGAGAUGACUUUCCUAUGGUUCUUGUUGGCAACAAAUCAGAUCUUGACCAGCAGAGAGUUAUCUCAAGAGAUGAGGCCAUGUCGUUUGCCCGGGAAAACAGGAUCCACUACAUGGAAUCGUCAGCUAAGAACCGCCACAAUGUGGAUGAAGCCUUCAUGGAGGUUGUGCGAGCAAUAAGGAAGUUUCAAGAGACAGAGAGCCCACCGCUCCCCGCUAAUCACGCGAGGAAGCAGAAGAGUGGUGGCUGUCCCUGCACCCUGCUCUGACUGCACCCUCUGCACUGUUGCCUAGGAGACUGAAGCCCUCACUCUCACGCCUGGUGCCUUAUAUGUCUACACAGAGUGUGUGUGUGGCACUGUAUGCAUCAGUGUUUUAGUGGCUUUUACAGUAUGUAUGUAAGAACUGGUUUCCUAGAAGAAACUAGGCAGUAUGAAAUGAGAGCGAACCGUGAAUCUGUUGGAAAGAGGCAGUUCUUGUUUCGUCCACAUGUUUUAUUUAGUGCCUUGUAAAAUCAUGCUCUUGAUUUUAGAUUCAAGCACAGUAUUUGUUUAUUUCCACCACAGUAUGGGAUCGCAGACUGAUUGUGUACCAUGAAAGAGAUUUCAAAAAUAUAUAUAAAAUCACCACUGAGGUGGUGAACAGUAGCGGUAAACAGUAAACAACCACAUAAGUGAACAUAGGCGGUGCUGACAAAGCUUUUUGAUGGUUCUUAUGUCAUAUGUAUGUCAUAUUGGGUUACUGACUCAAAAAGAUAAGUCAGACAGUAUUUUAUUGGCCCAGAGCUCUGUUCAGCCUGUCUUCUCUCGGGAGAUUCAUUGAGUCAGUGAGACUGCACUGAAAUGGCUGCUCUAGUCUACACCUUGGUUCCCAUCAGUGGCAAGAAUAUAUUCAGUCAGCUUGUUUUCAUUAAUUUCUUCCUGAUAAAGCAAUGUGGGAUGACUGAGACGUGAUGUGGUUUUAAUAAUUGAUUAUUUUUAGUAGUGUCGAAACAAUGGGUCCAGUAUCUGUAAUACUAGUAUUCAUACAAACCAAAGGCUAUAAUGUACAUGUUUGCACACCUAGCUUUGUCAUCGUGAAUAGUUAUCUAAUGUAGUUUAACACUAAAAUGGACAAAUCGUGUGGGUUUAUUUUGAUCUGUUUCUUUUGUUUCAGUUGCGAUUUGAUAUCUUUUUGAAGGUACUUCUAUUUGUGCAUAUAUGCAGAAUAAUGUAUAUGAUAUGCUUGUGAUUUUUCUUGGACAGUGAUGAAAAAGUGAUACAGAGGAAUUGCCAAAUGAAAUUACCAACAAAGCAUGAUAUUAAUCAGUGUUGUAAGGGAAUGAGUCACUCUGUAAAUAGGUAGAACGGCCUAGUUUAGGGUGAGGAAAAACAAGACUAGGUGCUUUUCCUUAGUCACACUAUAGCAGUUCAUACGGUAUACUUGUCUCUAGAGGGAGUUGCUACACACUUACAGCCUUUAAUCAAGGGACAUGGAUAUUUUUGUUUUCAAACUGUGACAAAUUCUGUUGUGGAUCAGGUUUGUCAGC